AUGUCCCCGCACUUGCUCCCUUUCUCCUUCCUCUUACUCCUCCUCCUCCCCACCCCUUCCUACCUACAGCAAGGUCUAUCCUUCCAUGUCCGCAAACUGGCGUUCUCAGCCAACCAGUUCGGCAUCGACCUGUACCGUGCCCUGGCCCACAACGAAGAGGGUAACGUGGCCCUGUGUCCGUUCUGCGUCAGUUCCACCCUGGGUAUGGCGCUCUUGGGGGCAAGAGGUUCGACGGCCCUGGCCCUCAGGCACGUGCUCUACCUGUGGGGUACGCCCACGCAAGACCUGCACUUGGCAGUCAGGGACCUGACGAGUCACCUGGCCCUCAACCUGCAGCCAGAACCCUCCAGAAGGAGGGCACUGGUAGAGGAAGAUCCAGAUUUGGUGCUUUUUAGGAGCCUUUAUGUGCAACGAGAGUACGGGCUCAAGUACCCCUACCAGAGAUUGCUGUACGAUUACUAUAAUGUGUCGGUGCACUCGCUGGACUUUGUCAUGAACCGCGAGGAGGCCCGCCAGCACAUAAAUGCCGUCAUCGAGAAGCAGACGGGAGGCAAGGUUGCCAACCUCUUGCCCGAUACUCCACCGGAUUUCACCAAUUUGCUUCUGCUCAGCGGGCUCUACUUUGAGGCCACCAUUGACCUAGACCUCAGGCCUGCUGAAGAUGUCCAGUGGAAAGAACGGCCUGGGAAAGGCAGAGAUGCCAGUGGAGAGCAGCUAGGGGGGAAUCCGGCCAUGUUGGAAGCUCGCUGGACGAGGAUUCGGCAUGGCCACCACGACUACCUCAACUGUACAGCUGUGGAGGUGCCCCUGAGAGGAGGACUUGUCUCCCUGUUAGCGCUCAGCCCUGAAACGCAGGAUGCCAUGCCCCUACUGGAGACGAGGCUCAGUGCGCAAAGAUUAGCAGACAUCUUAACCAGCAUGGGUGUGCGACGUGCAAACCUCAAGCUUCCGCGUAUCAAGAUCGAACACAGCCACGACAACCUGACCGGACCUCUCAGCCGCAUGGGACUCGGGACUCUGUUUCUACCCGGCCGAGCGCAGCUGUACUCCAUGAGCGACGUUCCCUGGCUCCACGUGACAAAUUUGGUACACAAAACGUCUCUCGACCUCAGAGGUCGAAACCAUGCCGGUUCCAGCUCAACACGGGGCAACAGCAGCCGCCCGUCGUACGUUGGACCUUCGGAAGAGACCCUGGAGUUGGUGCUCAACCGGCCCUUCCUGUAUUUCGUGGUGGACAAUGUUAGCGGACUGGUCAUCGCUAUGGGGAAAGUUGUUAAUCCGUGAGAGGGCCCUCUGGUAGGCAGUGCCAACGCCACCUAGAUAGAGAGAGCCUGCAUGCACGUCGAGGUGACACAAGUAAGAGCCAGCGAAUCAGGAUAGUGUUUUCAACGGCCAUAGCCUAUCACGAACGCGCUUUCAGCGGUCGUGGCCAUGAAGACUAAACACUGUCGUCGCAAGUUGCGAAUGAACGUCCCCACGUACUAAAUGGGAAAACUUGGAAAUUAAGCGCAAAAUGGUAUCAAUGUUUCUCAAAACUGGUUUUCUGGAAAGCGUUUUGCACUUUUUGUCUAAACAUUUAGGUCUGCAGGUUCCAGGUGAGGUGCAGUCAUUUGCGGGUUCUCGAAUUCGAAGAAUGGUGAAUCGCAGUAGCGGACGAAUUCAGACUCUUAAUGUCCACGUAGUGAAGGAAGGAGAGGAGGCAGUGAGCAGGCCUUAUGUAUCUAGGCGGUGUUGGCAGUGCACACCUCUACCUCUUAGACAUAGAGAUGAUGACGAUGAUGAUGUAAAGUCUUCUGGAGAUUAAUUUGGGUUAAAUUCAAUAGCGUUAGCAAACGGGCGUAAAGUCUAAGCAACUUAGGGGGUUAACUAUUUUGUGUAUUCAGUGCUGAACUUGGAAGGGAGCAUUUCAGUAUGCUGGCGUACAACUAACAAUAUCAGAAAAGGGAUCCAGCAGUAGUGCCUGCAUAACUGUCAUUCCUCUCGCAGAGUGUAAGGCCGGGUCCACCAUCAUUUCCUUCGCACAAUGUAAAUAAAAUGCACUUCAUUUAUUUCAUCCAAGAAAGAAAAAUAAAGCAUUUUC